AUGGCAUCAGAGGACUGUAAGGAGCCAUUAAAGGAGCCACUCAAAGAACCAGAUGUGGUGGAACUGGAUGACGUGCUGAACAAGUUGGGGGCCUUCGGGAAGCACCAGCUCCUCACCAUGUGCAUGCUGGCGCUGGUCUACGCCACUAACUCAAUGUACAACGUGAACUAUGUGUUCGCAGUUGAGGACGUCAGUUACAGAUGCAAAAUACCAGAAUGCGAGUCAAAUGUCACAAAUUUCAAUGCGACGUGGUUGAACCUGACAGCAUCUAAAGAAGACGACAAAAUAAAGCAGUGUCACCGACAUCCACCCCUAAGCCAACACUGCCAGAAUUUCAACACGAGCAUAGUGGAGGAAUGUACGGAGUGGGUGUACGAUGUUCCGAACAGUUUCGUGGCUGAAUUCGGGCUGGCGUGCCAGGGGUGGAAGGCGACGCUGGUCGGCACGACGCACAGCUUCGGGAGCAUGGUGGGGCAGUUGAUACAAGGACAGAUCUCUGAUAGAUUUGGCAGAAAGACAGCGGCGGUGUUCGCUGGCAGCGCGGGGGCAGUGCUCGGCCUCAGCAAGAGCUUCACUAACUCGUAUUGGGCUUACAUCGUCCUCGAAGGACUAGAAGCAGCUAUCGGAGACGCUCUAUCACCCAUGUUCAUGUUAAGUAUCGAAAUAGUAGAGAAGAAACGCGCUGUAUUAUAUCAGAUGAUAUUACUUAACUUUUACACUGUGGGGCAGAUCCUGAUGCCAUUCAUAGCAAAGGCAGCGCCCAACUGGCGUAUUUUCUUGCGCCUCAUAUAUGCGCCUACGCUUCUUGUAUUCUCCUACUCACUCCUCUUAGACGAGAGUAUCCGCUGGCUUUUCAGUAAAGGUCACAAAAAACGAGCUAUCGCACUUAUACAGAAGAUUGCUGUACGGAAUGACAUACACAUAGACAAAGAAAUGCUAAAUAAGCUAAACUACAAAGAAGAUUCAAACAAAAUCAACGAUAGAAAACUGUUGAUGAAGACUUUUAAAUCGCGCAUCUUGAUGCAGAGGUUCCUGGUCUGCCUCGUAUGGUGGCUCACAAUCACGCUGAUCAACUAUGGAAUGAUGAUCAGUUCAGUGCUGCUCAGCGGAGACAAGUACGUGAAUUUCGCACUACUUGUCGUCAUGGACAUCCCAGCUAACUUGCUGUACUGGCUAGCACUGGACAAGUGUGCACGCAAGAUGCCUCUCAUUGCGUCCUUCAUCGUCGGAGGGCUCUUGUGUAUCACUCAACCAUUCUUACCUAAAGAGUACGCCUGGCUCGGGAUUGUGCUGUUGAUGGCAUUCGAAAUGCUCGCAACAUUCUCCUACAACAUCGUGUACAUGUUCACGUCGGAGCUGUUCCCGACCUACACGCGGCACUCGCUGCACGCCCUCUGCUCGUCUGCCGGACGUUUUGGUGCACUGCUAGCACCGCAAAUGCCGCUGCUAAUGGCGUACUGGUCUGGUCUACCGUCGCUGAUAUUCGGCGUAACAUCAUUAGUUUCGGGUGCGCUUGCUCUGUUUGUGCCAGAAACCGCGCACGCCGCGCUCCCCGACACCGUGCAGGAGGCCGAGGCUCUAGGACGUCGAGGAGCUCGCCGCCGCCCCUCGCGCUCAGCCCACCCCACUGACAUCCCACACCCCACCGACCCCUCGGAC